AGGGAUUCGAUGGCUCACAUCAGUGGAGUCGGCUUAAAUUAAGUCUUGUCUGUGGUCGCGAUCCCUCUUCUAGAUUUUUGACUGAUGAUGCUUCCCCGUUGAUCCGCGGGUUUCCCCUGCAGUGGCGGUUGGGGGUUGAGGGUAUCUAAAUGGCGCCAUGUCCGCAUUGCUGUUCCGGACUGGCAGGGCUGGUACACUCUGUCUGUCUUUGCGGGACAUUGACAUUAACAGUGACUUCCCUGUCGAUAUUCUUUUCCUUUCCUUUGUUGGAGUUCACUCCGCCAGACUGAGUCUCCCUAACCGCCAUGCCUGGAGGGCUGAAUCCGCCGUUGUCGGUGAUCGAGUCCUGGCCAGCACCCAACACCGUCAACCCCGACUCGCAUGGCCCGGCCGCCAUUGUGGUUGCUGCCGCCUUCGGAGGGAUCGCAAUCGUCACGGUGGUGGUGCGGCUGUACGCACGGUGUAUGAUUCAGCACACGGGCGGCCUCGAUGACAUCCUGAUUGCGCUGGCUCUGCUACCGACCCUCGGCCUCAUCAUCUCCGUCCCGAUUGCCAGCGAAGUCUACGGCGAGAAACACCACACGUGGGACAACAGCGUCGCGAACCUGAUCGGCGAGCGCAAGGUGGCGGCGGCGUCGGAGCUGUUCUACGUGCUGGCGUCGGGGCUGAUCAAGACCUCGGUGCUGCUGUUCUACCGGCGCAUGAGCCAGCGGACGGUGUCGCCGCGGUUCCGCGCGCUGAUCUGGGUCAGCAUCGGGUCGGUGGUGGCCUACAGCGUGGCGUUCGUGCUGGCGCUGUUCCUCUCGUGCCGGCCGCUGCGCGCCUUCUGGCGCCAGGUCGACCCGGCCUGGGCCCUGACGCACCACUACCGCUGCUACGACGAGGGCGCGCACCUGAUCGCGGCGACCUCGAUCAGCCUCGCGCAGGACCUGCUGGCCACGACCCUGCCGGCCGUGUUCUGCAUCCGGCUGCACAUGCGCCGCCGCCAGAAGGUCGCCCUCACCGCCGUCUUCUCCGUCGGGUACCUCACGGCCGUCGUCGCGGGGAUUCGGAUCUACUUCCUGUGGCGCAUGUUCUACGCCUCGUACGACGGGUCCUGGAUGGCCUGGUACUGCUGGGUGCUGGCCCUGCUGGAGGUGGCCCUGGCGGCGACCUCGGCCAGCCUGCCGGCCGUCAAGGUGUUCUUCCGCUGGUACCAGGUGCCGUCGAGCCUGGCGGGGAAGCUGCGCUCCUUGAAGCUGAGCCACAGCCAUAGCCACAGUACGCGGACGCCGACGGGGCAGUCCGCUUCGCACGGGGGGCAUAAUCGGGAGCGGACGCGUGGUCGGCGGUCCGGCGAUACGGAUCAGUAUCUGGUGACCAUGGAGACUGCUUCUGGGGAUGAGCAUCCCAGAAUGGUGGAGUUGGAGGCGUUAUCGUCGCCGUCCGGGGAGGGGGAGGAGCGAGAGCGGGAGUUGAGCAAGGGGGCGGCGGAGAAGAGCUGGCCGUGCGGCGGUGGAGAUGCCAUUGUUUGA